AUGGCGCGGCGCGGCUGGCGACGGGCGCCCCUCGGCCGUGGGCUGGGCGGCCCCCGGACUCGCGCGUUCACGCGACCCCUCUGCUUGCUCCUGGUAGUGGGUGUCGUUGGCUGGGCCCGGGCUUCGGACGGCGCUGGCCGAGCAGCGAGAGCCAUGGACGAGGAGAUCGUGUCCGAGAAGCAGGCUGAGGAGAGCCACCGGCAGGACAGCGCCAACCUGCUCAUCUUCAUCCUGCUGCUCACGCUCACCAUCCUCACCAUCUGGCUCUUCAAGCACCGCCGGGCCCGCUUCCUUCACGAAACCGGCCUAGCGAUGAUCUAUGGUCUUUUGGUGGGCCUUGUGCUGCGAUAUGGCAUUCAUGUUCCAAGCGAUGUAAAUAAUGUGACCUUGAGCUGUGAAGUGCCGUCGAGUCCAACUACCCUAUUGGUAAACGUUAGUGGAAAAUUUUAUGAGUAUACACUGAAAGGAGAGAUUAGUUCGCAUGAACUCAAUAACGUUCAAGAUAAUGAAAUGCUUAGAAAGGUUACUUUCGAUCCAGAAGUAUUUUUCAACAUAUUACUUCCUCCUAUCAUAUUUUAUGCAGGAUACAGUCUGAAAAGGAGACAUUUCUUUCGAAACCUUGGGUCUAUCCUAGCGUACGCUUUCCUUGGAACAGCCAUUUCUUGUUUUGUUAUUGGGUCAAUAAUGUAUGGCUGUGUAACACUGAUGAAAGUUACUGGACAGCUUGCAGGCGAUUUUUACUUCACAGAUUGCCUGCUGUUUGGUGCCAUUGUUUCAGCGACUGAUCCGGUGACUGUCCUUGCCAUCUUCCACGAGCUUCAAGUCGAUGUGGAACUCUAUGCACUCCUUUUUGGUGAAAGUGUCCUCAAUGAUGCUGUUGCCAUAGUGCUAUCUUCCUCUAUCGUGGCCUACCAGCCAGCUGGAGACAACAGCCACACCUUUGAUGUGACAGCCAUGUUCAAGUCUAUUGGGAUUUUCCUUGGCAUCUUCAGCGGAUCCUUUGCAAUGGGGGCUGCUACUGGAGUGGUGACGGCUUUAGUAACAAAGUUCACCAAAUUACGGGAGUUCCAGUUGUUGGAGACCGGCUUGUUCUUCUUAAUGUCCUGGAGUACCUUUCUCUUGGCUGAAGCGUGGGGUUUCACAGGUGUGGUCGCAGUAUUGUUUUGUGGCAUCACACAAGCACAUUAUACAUACAAUAACUUAUCCACGGAGUCUCAGCAUAGAACUAAGCAGUUGUUUGAGCUUCUCAAUUUCUUGGCAGAGAAUUUCAUCUUCUCCUACAUGGGCCUGACACUGUUCACCUUCCAGAACCAUGUCUUUAACCCAACAUUUGUGGUAGGAGCAUUUAUUGCUAUUUUCUUGGGAAGAGCUGCCAAUAUUUAUCCAUUGUCCCUCUUACUUAAUUUGGGUAGAAGAAGUAAGAUUGGAUCAAAUUUUCAACACAUGAUGAUGUUUGCUGGGCUUCGUGGGGCGAUGGCCUUUGCCUUGGCCAUAAGAGAUACUGCCACUUAUGCCCGGCAAAUGAUGUUUAGUACCACACUUCUAAUUGUGUUUUUCACUGUGUGGGUAUUUGGUGGUGGUACCACUGCGAUGCUAUCAUGCUUGCAUAUUAGGUACUGUGCUAGACUCUGGGGAUACAGAGAUGAAUUGAGACAUGGCCUUUACCCUCAAGGAGCUCACAGUCUAUUUGGGGAGACUGACAGGGUUGGUGUUGAUUCAGACCAAGAACAUUUGGGUGUGCCUGAAAGUGAACGGAGAACUACCAAAACUGAGAGUGCGUGGCUCUUCCGGAUGUGGUACAACUUCGAUCACAACUAUCUGAAGCCUCUGCUGACACACAGUGGGCCUCCUCUGACCACAACCCUUCCUGCCUGCUGUGGACCUAUUGCAAGAUGCCUAACCAGCCCUCAGGCUUAUGAAAACCAGGAGCAGUUGAAGGAUGACGACUCAGACCUGAUUCUUAAUGAUGGCGAUAUUAGUUUGACAUACGGGGACUCUACUGUGAACACGGAGUCAGCCACAUCCAUCGCUCCUAGGAGAUUCAUGGGAAACAGUUCUGAAGAUGCCUUGGAUCGGGAGCUGACCUUCGGGGACCAUGAGCUGGUCAUCCGGGGCACACGCCUGGUUCUUCCUAUGGAUGAUUCUGAGCCGCCAUUAAGUUUGUUGGAUAAUACAAGACACAGUCCAGCCUAAGCUUAGUAAUCCUUACUUUGUGAUUUGUACAAUUUGCACAUGUGAUUGUGAAGAAAUCUGUACUACCUAACAAGUCCCAGUGCAUGUCUCUGAAUGUGGACGCUGUAUAAAUAUUAUUUAUAUGGCAUCGAAAGUAUAAUUAAUCCUGUACAUGGCAGAUUGUGGACAAGCUAAUUUGGUUUUUGUUUGUAUGGUUGGUAGGUUGGUUCUCCUGGCUGUACUGCGUAGAAUGGAUUUGUUUUAGAAAGUUCUGUACCCGGUGAUGUUACGUGUUCUGUUAGCUUUUUGUCUUGGUUCGAAGUAUCAAAAGUGACUGAUUUCCUCCUGCGCAUAUUUACCUGACACUUUUAACUGGAGUACAAAGUUCACGUGCUGUGAAUUCAUUGUGUGUGUGUGCGUGCAUGCGUGCGUGCGUGCGUGCGUGCGUGCGUGUGUGUGUGUGUGUGUGUGUGU